CUUGAAAAAAUAAACCGCUAGAGCCGCUAAAGCUGCUAGCAAGUGCCUCGAAGCUCUGCCAGCUGGUCCAAGUGGUCAUUGACAUCGGACAUCGGAUUUAGUCCAAUCUUAGAGUGUGGCAAGAUACAUAUACCCUCGUCAUCGCCCUCACCGGUACUUCCGCCACUUAACCUUAUCAACCUUCAUUUAUCAACCCGUUCGUUCGCCGCAAUACACUGCGACGAACACCAGUUGAAAAAGAUGGUUGCCUCAAUAGGCGGCAUAUGGGCCCCCGCAGCCUUGCGGGUGGUCCGUACGGCUGCCUACAAGGCCAGCAAGAUGAUUCGGGCGAAGCUUGCCGACGCAACUCGUCCCGUGAACACCGCACUCGAACCCGUCUUCGUACGAAACCACCACCCGCGACAGCCUAUCCACCCCACGGCCUUCCUGCGUCAGUCAAAGGGCCGACGAUGGAACUCUACUACUACGACUUCAACGACAUACAAAACCAUCAAUGCCGCCGUUCGCCGCUUCAUGAGCACCGGCCGUCUCGACGCUGCACCCCGGGUCGACCGAUCUAAGUUCCUCAACUCGAACACCGGCCGUGCCGUUGCUCAGUUCGCCGGCCGUGCUCCCUUUGCGAGCACUCUACGACCCAACCUCACCGGAGGUGCUCUACCUCGUACCGCAGGCGGAUACGGUCUCGGAUCUGGCGGUGUGGGCGGAGCCCGAUACUUCUCUCACGCACCAGCCGUACAAGCCCAAGUCGUCCAAAAUGUCUCCGCCGCCGUGCGAGCAUUCUGGAUCUCGGGCCAGAAAGCGCAGUUCGAUGGUCUCACCGCACGUGGCGAGAGGAAGUACCGUACCGUUUCCACCCUACAGGAUGAAACCUCCCGCAAGAUGGCAGCGACUCACCGCACCGCCUCGGGCUCGUACAUCGACUUCCGCUUGAACCCCACCAUCACUGCUCUUAGCCCCCUCGCCGCUGCCUUCCCGUACCCCUCCGCUUGUGUCAAGGUCUCUUCCCUCGACGAAACCACCCUGAACACCGACGGCUUCCUCGACGUUCUGUCCGUGGACUUCGCUCGCGCACUGAAGGACCUGACCACAACUCUGGCCGAUAUAAAGAAGCUCUCUUCGCUAGGUGAUCUCCCGAUUCAACUUGAAAAGGGACAUACCUUACGAGUCCGCUUUCCAGGCGUGGAUGCCGAGACGGUAGAAUCUCUGUGCGAUGACCUCGGGCUAUCCCGGGGUCUCGUCCGAGAAGACCCCGACUUCGCGGCCGAGGCCGGCGUGCCGAUGGCGCUGAAAUUUCCCUUCGCACCCGGCCACCCCAACGAUAAAGGCACGCUGACCUCGCCGGGCGGUUCGCUAAGGUCCCUGGGAAGCUUCUUCCCGGCGGAGGAGGACUUUUUCGAAGACGGCUUCAGCGAGAUGGAGGACAACCCGUGGCUGUCCUCCCACGACGAGCUGGAAGGCUACGCGAGCAUGUCGCCGCCGCUCAGCUCAGGCGAGCACUGCUCUGAUGACUUUGAGGGCCUCGAAGGGGUCUACAGGUUCUUGGAGGAGUGUGACCGUGCUCACGGGAAAUUCUAAGCUGAGCCCGCCCACGAUGAACGAUUUGGAAAUGCAAGAGGGGCGUAUUGAGAUUUAAUCACUUUGGGAUUAGUUUGCCAGCCACAGAAAGGGGAGACAUUAUUGAUGACAUACACCUAUACACCUAGGAAUGACGAACGAUACCACCAAAGGGAUAAACAAGGGAUAUAUAGUUUAGGAAACGGAAACCACACUCAUUCAUUAUAACUGAAAGGUGCAACGCGCAUUAAGUCAUCGGCUCUGCCUACUUACUACUACUAUAACAGUAGGGGGUAGUCCCGUCUUUAGCUUUCUUAUGUCCUUACGAUAACAUACAUACAUACAUGUACAUUUUAAAACAAUACAAAAAAAGUUUAUACUCUGAUACGACGAA